AUGUUAAUACAGACCGCGGCGUCUGAAAGUCGAAGGAACGACGGUAACUUAUUCUCUGUAAACGGCCCUGGCCAACAUAUAUACAAGUAUAAUGAUGAAGACGGCCACUUCUUAACAUCUUCUACUGAGAAAAUAAAUGAAGAUGGAUCGAAGUCAUUGAUAUAUGAGCGAGAGAUAAUGGAGAAGGCAAAAAACAACACUUAUAUCAUGCGUGUGACGGAAGAAAAAAUAAUUGAUCAACAAAAUUCCAAUGUUAUCAAGACUAUUUACACUAGAGUCGUUCAAAACAUCGACGACAAUAAUCCUAACAAGUCAACUUAUGAAACCUACCGGAGUGUGUCUAAUCCGAAUUCUCAAAAAAACAGUCUAUUUGGUGACGACUUACCAGCUAGCAAUAUGUUUAAACCGCGAGAAUUGGGGCCCCAUAUACCAGUGGGAGACUUAAAUGUUAAUUUAACUCAGAAUGAGUUUGACUUCACCCAACAUAAUAAAGUGCCUACGCCAUCAACUUCUGAUGGAAAUGGAACCCCAUCCGAACAAGCAAAUAAAGUAGUGUAUUUGAUGCCUGCCCCCCCGACCAGCAGCACUCGCUUCGCUCGUGCCGCAAAUGUCGGGGGCAGGCAUCAAUUUUUUUCAACGCAAUUUUUAACGUACUUUCGACCGCAUAGCAAGAAAAAUAGUAUACACUACAUGGGCAGAAAUUUGAGAGCCCUGAACUGCGUGCCAUGA